UUUCUUUUGUUGCAAUAUCUACACAAUCAAGUAUCUCGUUGUGCAUAAGAUCUCAUUCCCAGUAUUUGUACACACUGUGCUGUAGUGCCUCUUUCACCGUGACUCUAGUUAGCCAAGUUUGGGCUAUUAUUGACCACUACAUAGGAACAAUGUUGAAGUCCCUUUUGUUGCUCGGAUUAUGCAUGGCACUACUUAAUGUGGCUGCUGGUGAUUCUGAAGAGCUUCAAGCUUUGGUUGAUGAGCUGAACAUCAUUAAAACAAGUGUAAAUAAACUUCUGGAAAAAAUAAACAGCAGUAUGUCCAGUUGCUGCAAGUGUUCUGGAUCUAUCGUUGAGAAAGACUGGAAACUGGCAUUUCGUGGAACUCCGGGAAUUAAGAAGUCAGUCUUUCGUGCUUACCAAGAUGGAGUGGGAAUACCCGAAGAUGUAGAAGAGGGUUGUAAGCAGGUAGGUCAGCCUCUGCCGUGCGCUAAUCACUACAGAAAUAACGAAAUAUUGGACAACUGGUCUGGCUUCUCGGAAGUCGCUCUGUUCGUGUACAAAAACAAUAUGGAAGUCCAUCACGUGACGUUCGACGCCAUAGAUUCGACCUUCAUGAACUGGCUGAAUAAGAGUAGGAUCAAAGACUCCACUUGGACAGACAUUACGAGCGAACCGGCCAAUGUCUUCAGCCUCUACGGCCAACAGAAGCUCAACCUGCGCAGAACGUUCUUCCUGAACAGCAACUUCCUGUCAUGUGGUGACACCACGGGCUGGUUCGUCGCCAUUGACAACGAAAGAGGUGGCUGCUCAUGGGAGAAGAAUACUGCAUUUCCUGUUUUUAAGUAUUCGACUGCAAACACGAAAAUGAAUUGGAACAGCACAGGUAUCGAUACUGCAGAUUACUUUGCGAUAUAUGUGCACUAGGAUUAAAACGUUUAAGUAUCGCCACUGCUAUUCAUUUCAUCAAGAUCGAGUACUUUGGUGUUUCAGGAAAAUAAAUGUUUCUUUCAUAAAUUG